AUGGAUUCCGUCCAAGAUGGGGUCGCGGAAGACACCAAAUUCGUGGGGUCGUUGUUGGUGGCGUGCUUGGCGGGGCCCCGCACACUUAAAAACAAGAUGGACGAGACAAGCAGCAAUGAUCACCCCGAGGGAGAUCACACACCUGCACUUAGCGGAAUGCACGGUGCUGACGAAUCCGACAACGAACCAAUUACGGUUGGUAUACCAUCCCAGGCACCAGCAUUCGGCGACUUGCUUGGUAUCCAUCAGAAAUUCAAUGACGCCAACGAGUUCGUAACUUGCGUGAAGGCGUGGGCACGUGUCCAAGGCUUCACACUGUUACGGACGGGAAAUAACUUUUCGGAGAAAAAACCCCACCCUGUUCACGGUGGACGAGGUGCUAUCAUGUGGCGAUCCACCCUUUACUGCACGCACAAGGAUCAGGCUUGCAGUGGCCGGUCGACGUGCGAGUGGCAUAUCAAAUUCAGUUAA